CCCCGAAGGCGCGGGCGAGGCCGAAGUCGGCGAGUUUGAUGGCCCCGUCGGCGUUGAUGAGCAGGUUCUGGGGUUUGAGGUCGCGGUGCAGCACGCGGUGCGCGUGGCAGAACGCCAGGCCCUGCAGCAGCUGGAACAGGAACUCGAACACCAGGUACAGCUUGUUCUCCGUGUGGAUCACGUCCAGCAGCCUGUGGAGACACUGUAUGGGCUGGGUGCCCCAUAGCUGCCCCACAGACGCCCCAUAGCUGCCCAACAGACGCCCCACAGAGGUCCUGGUGCAGGAACUCAAACACCAGGGCAGAGCCGAAGCGUGUGACCAGACCCGACCGAGCGCCGCACACACGUGAACACACGUGUCCCCACGCAACUUGGGGGGCGGGGGGGGGGUCCCCCUCCUUUUUGGGGUGGGAUUAUGCAAACUAGAGCCCCUUCAUAUCCCCCCGAUCCCCGUCCCUUCGCCCCUCUGCUCCGGGGAGACGAAGGACGCUGGGAACCAUGAGGGUGCACGAAGCCAUCCUCGCUCUUUUGGGGACCCUCCUGGUCUUGGCUGAGGCUCAACGGCGAGCCGUCGGCCGGAGCCGUGGCCGGAGCCGUGGCCAGAAGCAGGCCUGGAGCCAGCGGCCGGCGGCCUUCCGGAGCUGGGACACCGCGCUGUACCGGCCCUGGCAGGAGGGGACGGCGACACAGAGGGACUGCUGGAGAGGCGGCGACAUCACUCUGGACCUCAGCAACGACGCUCCCACCAUGUCUGGCGCCGACGCCACCUUCUCCAUCGCUCUGCGCUUCCCCGGCACGCAGGCGGUGCUGCCCGACGGCCGCGUCGUCUGGAGCCGCAACUGCACCGUGAACGGCACCCGCGUCGCCCAGGGCGAUUCCGUCUUCCCGGAGCAGACGGCCGAGGGCGCGGACGGCGUCUUCCCCGACGGCGAACCCUUUCCUCCCGGCGACGGCGGCAAGCGUGGCAAAUUCGUCUACGUCUGGUGGACGUGGGGGCGCUACUGGCAGGUGGUGGACGGCGCGGCGUCGCGGCUGACGGUGAGCACGGCGGGAGUGCCGCUCGGCUCCUACGCCAUGGAGGUCGUCGUCUACCAUUACCGCGGCCGCGAGAAGUUCAUCCCCAUCGGGCGCGCCAGCACCCAGUUCAGCAUCACGGACCAGGUGCCGUUCACGGUGGCGGUGACGCAGGUGCAGGACGCGACCGAGGGCGACGGGCGCUUCGUGCGUAACCGCGCGGUGGCCUUCGCCGUUCGGCUGCACGACCCGAGCCGGUACCUGCGCGACGCCGCCAUCUCCUACUCGUGGGACUUCGGCGACGGGAGCGGAACCCUCAUCUCGCACAGCACCACCGUCACCCACACCUACCUGGAGACCGGCGCCUUCACGGCGCGCCUGGCGCUGCAGGCGGCCAUCCCGCUGCGGCCCUGCGGCACCUCCGUGGCGCCCGUCGUGGACCCCACCACUGCGGCGCCCUCGGCGGGACCCACCGAGCUCACCAGCACCGCGCCGAGCAGCGCGGCGGCGCUCAGCACCGAGCCCACGGAGGAGGCGGCGGUUGUGCCAUCGGACGCCGCCGUCACCGAGCCCUCGGCCGUCACCGAGCUCGUGGCAUUCAGCACUCCAAUGGACGCCGCCGGCGCAACCACGGGUACGAAUGCCGCUGUCUCUGCCGCGGUGUCGGCGGCUGCUCCGCUCCCUACCACGGCGGCCGGAACGGAGGCUGCAGAUGUGGCAACAGCUGGAGCCGCGGUUGAUGCCAUAACUGGAGCUGCAGUUGACGCCACAGACGGAGCCGUGGUUGACGCCACAGAUGGAGCUGUGGUUGAUGCCACAACUGGAGCUGCGGUUGAUGCCAUAACUGGAGCCGCGGUUGACGCCACAGCUGGAGCCGUGGUUGAUGCCAUAACUGGAACUGCAGUUGAUGCCACAGCUGGAGCCGCGGUUGACGCCACAACUGGAGCGGCGGUUGAAUCUCUGGUUGAAGCCACAUCUGGAGCCACGGUGGGAGCAACCGUGGGAGCCGCAGCCGUGUCCGUCCCUGCUGCCACCGCUGGAGCCACCGCCGGAGCCACCGCCGGAGCCACCGCCGGAGCCACUGCCGGAGCCACCGCCGCCCCCUCGGGCAGCGCCGCGGCGCUGGUGCUGGUGAAGCGUCAGGCACCGGCCGAGGAGCCCAGCGGCUGCAUCCUCUACCGCUACGGCACCUUCUCCACCCAGUUGGACAUUGUCCAGGGCAUCGAGAGCGUGGCCAUCGUCCAGGUGGUGCCGGUGGUGCCGGAGGGGAGUGAGAGCAGCGUGGAGCUGACGGUGACCUGUGAGGGGAGCCUGCCCGAGGAGGUCUGCACCGUGGUGGCAGACGCCGAGUGCCAGACGGCGCAGACGCAGUCGUGCUCGGCGGUGGCACCGGCCGCCGGCUGCCAACUCGUCCUACGCCAGGACUUCAACCAGUCCGGACUCUACUGCCUCAACGUCUCCUUGGCCAACGGCAACGGCCUGGCGGUGGCCAGCACCCGCGUCACCGUCGGAGGCACCGACCCGGCUGUUGGGGGCACCACGCUGCUCGUGGGGCUGCUGCUCAUCGCCGCCGCCAUCGGCAUCGCCGCCAUCACCUACAGACGCACCAAGUACCACCCGCUGCUGGUGUCGCCCCCCCCGGCCCCCCGCCCCCCCCGCUGGCUGCCCCCCAACUCCGCGCUCCGCAUUCUGCUCCGCCAAACCUUCGGGAAGAGCCUCAGCAGCGAGAGCAGACCCCUGCUGCCCCCCAACACCGCCUAG